AGCGUCACUCACACAGGCGUCCGUGUGCGUGUGCGCGCCGAGAAGGACGGCCGAGGCGAGAGCAGGACGGCGGCGCCAAUUACUAUCACCUGGCGGGCAGCUACCGCAUUACCCACUGCCGCCGCGCGCGCGACCACGCGCCCGCUGCACCACGCGGCCGCUCCGCUCCUGUGACGCUCCGUUGGCACCCCGAGUCUGCACUUCAAUCGAUAUUCGCGAGCGCGGCCGGCUACCGUUGCGAGUGCACCCUGCUCUGCUCUCGCUCGUCUCGGGAAUGCACCGCGAACGGCCCGCUCUCGGGGAACAGUGCCGCCGCGACAACAUGCGACUGUGAAGUGUGUGCGGACAGUGACACAGACAAUAUACUCGAUACGUGCUUAUUUACAAGUUUAACGGCAAGUUUCAUUGUGAAAAAUGACAUCCCAAUUCGCCUUCAGAGGAUCUCCACCGAAUCAGCCUCCAACAGUCCGCCGCCGGCGCAGGCGGGGAUGAGCGGUGGCGCAGGCGGCGCGAGCGGCGCGGCGCGGCCCAGCUCGCCGGCGCCCGCGGCCUCGCGCUGCUGCGACACCGGCCGCCCCAUAUUCCAGGACCCCAUUACUGGCCAGACGGUUUGCUCGUGCCAGUACGAGUUCCUCAACUAUCAGAGGCUCGCGUCCGGCGUGCCGCUGUCCAUGUACAGCGCGCCGUACUCCGACGCAGCUGCUGCCACCGCCGCUGGCAUGGCGGCCUACUUCCCGGCUCUUGCCGGUGAUCAGCCACCAUUCUACCCGAAUGCUGCGGCAGGGAUCGAGUUAAAAGAGAACCUGGCUGCAAGCGCAGCAAGCUGGCCUUAUCCCACUGUUUAUCACCCGUACGAUGCGGCGUUUGCUGGAUACCCCUUUAAUGGGUACGGGAUGGAUCUCAAUGGUGCCAGGAGGAAAAAUGCGACACGCGAAACAACAAGCACACUCAAGGCGUGGCUUAACGAGCACAAAAAGAAUCCAUACCCCACAAAGGGAGAGAAGAUUAUGCUCGCUAUCAUCACUAAAAUGACGCUGACGCAAGUGUCGACGUGGUUCGCCAACGCGCGCCGUCGCCUGAAGAAGGAAAACAAGAUGACGUGGGAACCGAGAAACAGGGUCGAUGAUGAUGACAAUAAUAAUGAUGACGACGACCACAAGAGCAAUGAUGGAAAGGAUGCUCUGGAUGGAAAGGACUCUGGCACCGGUUCAAGCGAAGACGGCGACCGGCCUCAACAAAGGUUAGAUUUAUUAGGACAAAGAACUGAAUCCGAAUGGUCUGAAUCACGCGCAGACAGCGGUCCCGAGUCCCCAGAGCCGUACGAGAGGCCAAUUCACCCCGCUUACCAGCACUUACCGUCCCGAGCUCCACCGGGCAGCACGCCCGCUUCUGCGAAGCCCAGAAUAUGGUCUCUGGCGGACAUGGCCAGCAAAGACGGUGAAACCCCGACGCCGCCCACGUCGGCUUCAGCGUUCUACCAGUCCGCAGCGGCGGCCGCAGCAGCCGCCCGCCUGGCGCACCCGUACAGCAGGCCGGAGCUGUACCGCGGCCUGUACCACCCGACGCACCCCGCGGACGUGGCCCUGCUGGAGUACUCGCGGUCGCUGGCGCUGUCGGCGCCCGCACCCGCCCCGCCCGCGCCCUCGCCGUCCUCCUCCUCCACCUCCUCGCUGGCCGAGCCGCCGCCGCCGCCUCGUGCCUGACCACUAGCUCCCCGCCCGCCGCUGGCGCAUCGACAAUAAACGCGAUCUCCCGAAGAGUGCCGCGAGGGCCUUCCCACUUGUAAAUAGUGAUUAUUAGUUUAAAAAUAUAAAUAUGUAUACAUACCUACAUAUACGUGAUAAUUAUUAUGCACCGGUAGAGAAGCUUAGAUUUGUGAUAGUGGACACAUGGAGCGGUGCACGCUCGACGGCCGCCCGCCGUGAGGUUGACAACUCGCAAACGACGUCGGCGCUGCGCUCGCGCCGACCGACCGACAAUACUAGGUGCUAAUACAAGUUGGACCUUGCGACAUGUUGCAGUAGUUAUUAUUGAAAGUGGUUAAUCGAAGUGAUUUAAUUCAAAAAUAGGUAUUAUUAUGUGUUACGUUUCUAAUAGAAAAUCGACACUGUGUUAGAUUAUUUGUAUGUAGAAUGUAAAUUAUUAUUUUGAAAAUAUCCUCUUCACGUUUAGUGCCUAAUUACGUCCAAUGUUUUACUAUUGUUUGAUAGUUUCAUAAAAAUAUCUUACAUUCGAAUUUUAAUAUUUAUUCAUACGAGGUCAGUAGUUGUAACAAGCUUCUAAUAAUAAGUUUAAUCCACAAAUUUUAUCAAUAUUAGAUUUGUGAAAAUCUGUAUAGUUAUUUUCUAGUCAGAAGACUAUUUUGUCUGUGUUAACAUUACAAUAAUAUGUUUGACAUGUAAUAUCAGUCGUGUACAUCUUAACUUUUAUGCAUUUUACUAUUAACCAGGAUGUAUAGGGCUGGUGACGGUUCUAAAGUAUAGUGUAGUAUAGUAAUAUGAUACAAAAUACUAAUUCACCGUUCCCACAGUAUCUUAAUACAUGUGCAUCUUAAAAAAUACAUGUGGCCGUUAAGCAUUCGGUCUAUUCUCAUUACGUCAAAUAUUUUAAUAUCGCGCCUAUCUUUAAGGGUGAGAAUACCUUAACUUUGGUUUCAAAUCACAGGUAUUUAAAAAUAUACGUACAUACAUUUCUACAACAAAAAAAAAACACUCAAUAACUCGGUUCUGUUGUUUUUAGUUUUAAAGUCCUUUAUCUUUAUAAUCGUUCUUUACUUGAAAAUAAUACUAUACCUACUGUUUUGGUACCCUUUUGGUGAAUAAUUCACUUUACUGCAAUUUGUCGUGAUUAUGAAAGACUUGUAGAAUUAAUUUCAAAAACUCAGACUACUAUUUUCCUUAUUAUACAGAACCUGAAAUGAGAAUGAAAAAAAUAAUUAUCUCCGUGUCCCAUCAAUAAUAAAAUGACACAUUAUCUUUAACUUAACACUCAUUAUGUUUAUAUACAAUUAUCUGAAAAUGUUCAUUACUAUAAUUGCCUACACUUUUUAAACAAGCGUCAUGGGACCAAAAUGUGGGAAUGUGAAGGUAUUUUAUGCAAAAUAAUCCUUGCUGUUUUCGAGUUCUUAUCAAAUUGAUGUUAUUAACCUAUUGCUUCUGCAGUACCAGCCCUCAUACAGGUUCCUCAAUUAGACUUGUAUCUCCAAAAUGAGUUGAAUAUACUUAUCUAAGUCUAAAAUGGCCUUGUAUAAUUGUAAAAGUUAAAUUAAUGUAAAGUUAUACGAUUAUUCAUGAUUUGUUUUCUAAACAUUGUAAAAUAUUUUCUUUAAUAUUGUAGAGACUGAAAGUCCAAAACUGAGUCUAUAGUUUUGUACAUAAAUGUCACUGUUGUAAGUAUAAAUGUAAUGAUAUCGUGAAUAUUUAAGAGAGGUAAAUGCAAUAAAUUUUCUGUAUUAGCAGUCUUUUAAUGUACAUAAUUAAAACGCGGAUGGGAGACGUUAAUCUUCAAUGUAGUAAUUGUAAACAACGAAAGCAUGUCCAAAUGAAAAUAACUGUAACUACUUCGUUCCUUUUAUUUACACGUCUGCUACUUAAUACUGUGUGAUCAUGUUCUAGUAAUAUAUCUAUUGUUAGAAGAAGUAUGUGCGUAGAAAUACGAAGGUUUUCUUCAUGUUCGUUUCUUAAAAUACUUGUUCGUGUCGUAACUCAGCGUUUAUUUCAGCAUUGUUAAUUUAUUAGUAACACGUAUUGUUAUUAACCGUCUUAAACGUCUUUUGACCGUUCCCAGAAAGGUGUGUGAAUAGAUGCAAUAAAAUUGAAUACAGAAGUAAUUACAGUUUUUUAUUUCACUACUCUACUUUCAGCCUUCUUUUAUAAUUGUGGAUAGUAACUCAUCAAUAUCUGAUACCACAAAGGCCAUACAGAGUUACCCACAUUUACAAUUAUAUCAAUUACUAAUAAAUUACAAAUCAUAUUUAUUUAAAAAAAAAUGUGUAUUAAUAAAUGAUAUGCCGACAUAAUAAAGGUGUCCCUAACCUUGGAGCCUUUGCCUGCAAUGUAUCGCUAUAAAGUACAACAAUCGCAUCUGAAAUUUUACGUUACAGGCGAAUGCUCCAGCACGUUUUUAACAUUAUUAGUUGAAAACUAUUUAGGUAUACAUAUUAAAAACGUAUGUUGUCAAAAAUUAAGGACAUUUUAUUAAAUCGAUUUUCAGUAUGAAAACAUACACGAGUAAAUAUAAUGAUCCUUUUCUGAAAAAAGUUUUUAAGACCGAUGAAUUUAACACAAAUUCAAUAAUAACGUUUCAAAACAUUUUAAUCACAUAUAUUAAUACACACAGGCAAGGUAUUAAAAAUAGUAGGAUACAUAUGAUAGCAAUUGAUCAAUAGAAUUAUCACUUUACCUACGUCAUUCUUGGGUAACUUUGAAUAAUAAGAUUUUAUGCAUCAGGUCCAGUUACAGUGCAUAUUUUUUUUAUAAUUAGCUUAAUUUAUAGAAAUCAUGAAAAGUCAAAGUUACCCAAGGUGUAAGUACCAUGGUAUUAAAAAUAGUAGGAAUAUGAUAGCAAUUGAUCCAUAUUAUCACUUUACUUACGUCAUUCUUGGGUAACUUUGAAUAAUAAGAAUUUAUGCAUCAGGUCCAGUUACAGUGCAUAUUUUUUUCCAAAUUAGCUGAAUUUACAGAAAUCGUGAAAAGUCAAAGUUACCUAAGGUGUACGUACCUACCCAUUGUUAAAAAGUUGCAGUUACAUUCGAGCUAAUGUUCAGAUUCAAUGAAACUAGUAUAGGUUUCUUGGUGCCAGGACUCUUUUGACAAAUAUACCAGCAAUUAAAAAAAUCUAAAAAGGUACCUAAGUAGAUGACAUCAUCAUAUAUACUCAACAUCAAAUAAACCGCACCUUCCGCGACGCGAACUUUAACGAUUUUCUUCUGACACA